CACGCGUACCAUGUAACGUGAGUGCCUGCCAAGCAUCGAGACGAUAACCGGCAAGACCGUCGACCGACUCGUAACUUCGGGCCCCUCGCCGAGCAUCGUUUCAGCAUCCUUUAAACUCCGAUUUCUCAUUUAUCUCCGGCAAAGAUAAUUCCCCCGUCACUUCGUCAUUAUACGUACUCUCGUUCGACUCAAGUUGGUCGACAUAUACCGUGGGGAUUAACGUUCGAUCUCUCGACAGAACCCUGAGGAGCAUGACGACGGACGUGCGCGGUGUUUUGCUCUCCGGCACGGAGCUGGCCAAGAGUAUUCGCGAGUCCCUGAUCAACGAUGUAAACGAGAUGAAGAAGAAGCUUCCGGAUUUCGCGCCGGGUUUGGCGAUAGUUCAAGUAGGAAAUCGGGAAGAUUCGACGGUUUACAUCCGAAUGAAGAUGAAAGCCGCCAGCGAGAUCGGAAUAAAAGCCAGCCAGUUAAAAAUCCCCAAUACCGUGACGGAGACGGAACUGAUCAGCAAGAUAAACAAAUUGAACAACGAUCCAUCGAUCCAUGGAAUAAUCGUCCAAAUGCCGCUAGACAGCUUAAACAAAAUAAAUUCCCACUUGAUAACGGACACGGUAUCCCCCGAAAAAGACGUCGACGGAUUGCACACCAUCAACGAGGGCAAGGUGUCCAUCGGGGACAUGAGUGGAUUUCUCCCGUGCACCCCGAAUGGCUGUAUCGAGCUGAUCAAGAUGAGCGGAGUACCCAUUGCCGGGGCUCAGGCCGUUGUUCUCGGCAGAAGUAAAAUCGUGGGCACUCCGGUCUCCGAAUUGUUGAAAUGGAACAACGCCACGGUUACGGUGUGCCAUUCGAAAACCAAGGACCUCCCUAAAGUCGUUUCCCAGGCAGAGAUUUUGGUGGUGGGCAUCGGACAGCCAGAACUCGUUAAAGGGUCUUGGAUCAAGCCAGGUGCCGUGGUGAUAGACUGCGGAAUAAAUUGCAUUCCAGACCCCUCGAAGAAGUCUGGACAGCGUCUCGUGGGAGACGUGGCAUUUUCCGAGGCGGUGCAAGUCGCAUCGUACAUCACCCCGGUGCCAGGAGGAGUCGGCCCGAUGACAGUGGCAAUGUUAAUGAAGAACACGGUGAUUUCCGCGCAAAGAGCAGCAGCAAAGCUGCUAGAUACCAGAUGGAAUCUAGGAACCCUCAGACUACAGCCUCAAAGUCCCGUCCCCAGCGACAUAGAGAUAUCCAGAAGCCAAGAGCCUAAGCCAAUCGCAGUCCUCGCGGAGGAGAUCGGAAUUCUCCCUACCGAGGUCCAUCCUUACACCGACAAGAAGGCCAAGAUCGACCUGGCGGUGCUAAAGAGGCUGGAGAAGCAGCCCGAUGGAAAAUUCGUGGUGGUCGUCGGAAUAACCCCGACUCCAUUAGGCGAGGGAAAAAGCACGACAACGAUAGGUCUGGUGCAAGCUCUAACAGCCCACAGGGGGAAGAAUUCGUUCGCCACUUUGAGGCAGCCUAGUCAAGGUCCCACUUUCGGGAUAAAGGGUGGAGCAGCCGGUGGUGGAUAUUCCCAGGUCAUCCCAAUGGAGGAGUUCAACCUCCACUUAACCGGAGACAUCCACGCCGUGACGAUAGCUCACAAUCUCCUGGCAGCGCAAAUCGACGCUCGUUGUUUCCACGAAGCCACGCAAACGGACAAGGCCCUUUACGACCGACUGGUCCCAGAAAUAAAAGGAGUCAGGCAGUUCUCAAAGAUCCAACUUAAAAGACUGCGAAAACUCGGGAUCGAGAAGACCGACCCAAAGGCUUUGACUCCGGAGGAGCAGAAACGAUUCGCGAGGCUCGACGUGGAUCCGAAUAGCAUCACUUGGCCCAGAGUGGUCGACGUAAACGACAGGUUCCUGCGCAAGAUAACCAUUGGGCAGAGUCCUACAGAGAAGGGCUUGACUCGAGAGACGUCCUUCAGCAUCUCCGUGGGGUCGGAGAUUAUGGCAAUUCUUGCUCUUGCCACCAGCCCCGAAGACAUGAAGCAAAGGCUCGCCAACAUGGUCGUCGGAUUCAGCAAAUCUGGAGAACCACUGACUGCGGAGGACUUUGGCAUGACUGGAGCUAUGGCGAUUUUAUUGAAAGAUGCCAUUCAGCCGACCAUGAUGCAAACUUUGGAAGGAACACCGGUGCUAAUUCAUGCCGGUCCCUUUGCAAAUAUUGCUCAUGGAUGUUCAUCGAUAAUAGCAGAUGCUGUGGCCUUGAAACUAGUCGGACCGGAUGGAUUCACCGUGACGGAAGCAGGAUUCGCUACCGACAUCGGCAUGGAGAAGUUCUUUAACAUUAAAUGCCGAACCUCUGGGUAUACACCAAAUGUCAUCGUCUUGGUGGCCACCGUCAGGGCGCUGAAGAUGCACGGUGGUGGUCCACCGGUCACUCCAGGAGCAAGACUGAAAAAGGAGUACACCGAGGAAAAUGUAGAUCUGCUUAGGAAAGGCCUACCGAAUCUCGAGAAGCACAUCAGCAAUGGAAUCAAGUUUGGAAUUCCUGUCGUAGUUGCAAUCAAUGCUCACAGCACCGAUACUCAAGCGGAGCUAGACCUAGUGAAAGAAGCUGCCAUUGCCAGCGGAGCUACGGAUGCUGUGGUGUGCAACCACUAUGCAGAAGGCGGUGCUGGAGCGGUUGCACUUGCAGAUGCAGUCAUCGCUGCCAGCGAAAUACCCAGCAAAUUUAAAUUACUGUACGACUUGAACGACAGCAUCGAGAAGAAAAUUGAAACCAUCGCUAAAGAGAUGUACGGGGCUGGUCAGAUAACUCUGACCGACAAGAUUAAAGAGAAAAUAACCGAGUACAAGAAACUGGGCUAUGACAAACUACCUAUUUGCAUGGCGAAGACUUCUAAUUCUUUGACCGGUGAUCCUUCGAUUAAAGGAGCUCCCACCGGAUUCACAAUAGAAGUUACGGACAUAUUUGUGUCAGUAGGCGCAGGUUUCAUUGUACCGAAGAUCGGAGAGAUUAUGAUGAUGCCAGGUUUACCUACUAGACCAUCCAUUUAUGACAUGGACUGGAACACCGAAACAGACGAGAUCGAAGGUCUAUUUUAAGUAUCUGCGAUACAUAGACGAAGAACGCAUGCAUCGUCGUUAAAUACAUUCCAAUCCGUCUUACGAACUGCACCGACAUGCUUCACACGUUUACAAGUCAUUCAUCUGUUUUUCAUCGUUGAUAUGUAUUUUAUAUGGUGGUUACAAUAUAUAAAUUACCCCUCGUAAA